AUGGUGUCGAGGGGCGACUCGUCAGAUGGAGAUCUUCCAGGAAUGCGAUUUAUUGUCAAUCUUGUCAAGGACCCAUCAAGUGGACUUGGCCUUACGUUGGUUGACGGUAACUUAAAUGGCGUCAAGGGUGUCUAUGUGAAGUCCGUUGCUGAAAAUGGCGCUGGAAUGCGAGCAUCUUACGUUCAGGGUCUAUGUGUGGGUGACCGUUUGUUGGGUGUCGAUGGUGCCUCGCUUGAGGGCGGUGAUCGACAUCGUGCAGUGGAACUCGUCCGACAGGCCGGUGAUACCGUCUGUAUGGAAAUCGCCCGAUUGGACGGAGUAGUACGUCAUGAAAAAUCUCAACGUAGUAGUGACAAUACUGUGAAGAAAUCCGGUGCCAACAGCGGAUCGGCUGGAGUGAUUACUGUAACGCCACCGAAAGGGAUAUGCCUUAAAAGGAAUUUAGGUGUGUCUCGCACACCGCCGGCUCCACGACGUGCUGCAAAUCGACGGCAGCGGGCAGUGUCCGAUUUUGGUGCCAUUGGUGAUACGUUGCCGGCUCUCGACAGCGAUAAUGUGAUCAAUAUUAAAGCAAUUUCCGGAUUACACCUGGAUGAGUCGGAUGAGGAACAAGGCGAAUACCGUCUGCCAACUACUUCAAUGUAUUCGUUUGAACAUCAGUACGAUGAUGAAAGCCCAACAUCUCCCACAGCAAAGACUCCAGAGGAUUCCCAACCAUCUCGACACAUGCCUCCGUCGACAGACGGAAGGCGGAAAUAUCGAUAUGCAAGGAAAUCCAACUUGGAAUGGACAGAUGAGUUGGAAGAAGUUGGUGAAGAGGCCGAGGUCGAAGAUGACAUCAUAAAUGUGAAGCUGGAACGUAACUCAGUUGGCUCAUUGGGUGUACAGAUCGCGUCUGUAGGUGGACGAGUUUGCAUCAAACAGUUGACCGCUGAACCAGCAGCUGGUCAUCCAGAUAUUCAUGUCGGUGACGCUCUUGUCUAUGUGAACGGGGAGCCGGUGACAAACAAAUCGCAUCAAGAAGUGGUUUCAAUGUUGCGUAGUGGAGGUAAUGUCGUCACGCUCGGACUACGACGUGAAACCCAAAGAAAUGGCAACAUAAUCACCGCCGUUCUGGAGAAAAAGCCUGAAGGUUCUUUAGGUAAGUACGAGAAUUUGAGGAAGAUUUGA